GAAAAAUCUUAAUAUUACGUGUAGAUGAUGAAUAAAUAAUAUAAAAAGUGCAUAAUGUAAGAGGUUUACGCUUCCGGCAUCUGUCGAAACAGCUGUCACAAAAUAUCUGUAUCGAUUUUAUGCUGUUGUCGUCAAUCUCUUAAUCAACAACAAACAUGUACACAAAUUUGGAAAAAACACGGAAGUGAAUGCAGACGAUAGUUGGAAAAAAAUGGCGAAACAACGAGCGCCCAACUUUACAUUACAAGAAAACACCCUCCUCGCUCAUUUGAUGGGUGAAGAGUACAUGAACUUCGGUAUGUCCAGGCAUAAACUGGACAGACAUAGGUUUACCAGCCAAAUUUCUAGCUCUGUAAAAAAGGAAAUGUGGUCAAAUGUGGAGACUACAUUUAACGCCAAUAGUACAGGGCCCCACAGAAAAGGGAGUGACCUCGAGAAAAAAUGGGAGAACCUCACAUCUACACAAAGAGGCAUUUACCAGGAUCAUCAGCGUAUGCUGACAUUGACUGGCAGUCCUCCGUUUAAUUCAAAAUGCACAAUCCUCACUGAGGCUGUGAUGAACGUAAUUGGAAAAGAGGGAGUUGACAUAAUGGGUAUUGGACCCAGCAGCCUAGACACCUCUAUUUUGCAAUUGACUGAUAUGCGUGAUGAUGACCAGCAAGAUGCUGAAAUCAACAGGACCAUGUGUACUUCAAGUGCUGCGAUGUCAAAAUCAGUUUCCUUUAAUCCGAAAAGAAGAUAUACACCAUCGAUGGCUGAGAAUGGCUAUAGAAGCGCAACUAUUUCUCCUCCAGACAAACCUUCACCAUCAUGUUGCAGUCAUUGCAGUCUACAUGAACUUAAUGCCUUGAAGAAGAGGAAGCUGGAGCUUCAAAUACAAUUGUUUGAGGCCCAGUUGGCGCGAUUUGAUGAGGAAUAUAUUAUUAUGUUAUUUGUUAUUAUUUUGUUAUGAAGAUAUAGUUUAGUUAUAUUAAAGAGUUACAUGAAAUUCAUCUUCAUUGUGUAUUUCUUGUGAUUUUUGGAAAAAUUGUAUACAGUAACUUUAGUAAGUUUAAAAUGUUCUAAAAGCUUAAAUAGUUGUUUCAAUUAAAAAUGCAAGUCAUUUGAAUUAACAGGUCUGAAAACAUGACUUAUUCAAUGUGAAUAUGAGUUGCGUUCUGAGAAAACCGGGCAUAAUGCAUGUGGGUCAAGUGACGUCCCAGAUAAGCCUGUGCAGUCCACACACUCGCUUUUACAUUUUUCGUUUAAAUGAAGUCUCUUCUUAGCAAAAAUCCAAUUUAGGCGUGAAGUGUAGUCCCUGAUUAUUCUGUGUGGACUGCAAUAUCUGGGCUAAUCUGGGAUGACACUUUACGCACAUGCAUUAUGCCUAGUUUUCUCAGAUCACGACACCUAUGAUCUAAAAAAAUGUAUUUGCUACUACAUUCCUGUAACGAAGGCCAUCUUCAUUUCCAUGGUAAUUUUCAGGAUGAUCUGGUAAGGCAUCUAUGUCCAAAGGA